AGCCACGGCUCGGUGACUGAAGGACAGCGUGUCUCACUUGAUGAACGGUUUGUUGCCGUGCGGCAGUUCGACACACGACGCUCCCUCUCACCUGAGUAUCACAAUGAAAGGAGUCUACACUGUUAGCACAGGACAUUAUGAUAAUCCUGCCUUCACGGAUGAAAAUGGAGUUCGGAAGAGGCAGAUUAAUGGCGAUGUCGUCGAGGUAGAAGUAAAUGACACUCCUCCAAGCCUAGCUGAAGGACGAGAGGAAGUCGAUUUGUUGUACGAAGUCCAAGAUUAUCCACCCAUUCAUAUUACACUCAUAUAUGGAUUACAGCUGGCCCUGAUCAAUGUGAGUUUUUCUGUGACCAUGGCUAUCCUUGUGGCCAAUGCGUUCUGCGCCGACCCGGAAACCACCGCCAAGUUGACCAGCACGACUCUGUUUAUGGCCGGACUGAGCACAAUGAUUCAAACGGCUCUUGGUAUCAGAUUACCAAUUUUUCAAGGUCCAAAUCCUACCUUCCUAGUGCCUUUAUUGAAUAUGAAAACAUUACCUGAAUGGCAAUGCCCGAACAUCAAUGGAACUUCAGAAAUUACAAGUGUGGAGAACAGGACAGAUGUGAAUGCAGUGGAAUUAUUGUCCAGUGGUAGUAGAAUGGAGUUGGUGUCUGGGAGUCUGCUGGCGGCUUCCGCGGUUCAUAUGUUCCUGGGAGGCAGUGGGUUGAUGGGCCUGCUGAUGCGAUUCAUUGGACCGCUGACCAUCUCGCCAGUGCUAAUUCUCAUCGCUGUCUCGCUUGUACCGCCCACAGCGGAGCUCAUGGAGGCACACUGGGGAGUCGCAGCAUUCACGUUUCUGCUAUUCCUUAUCAUGACGGCUUACAUGGAGUUCAUCCGAGUUCCCAUGCCGGCCUACAACAAGCAACAGGGCUGCCAUGUAUCUCCAUAUCCAGUCUUCCAAGUACUGGCGAUUCUAGUGUCCUUGGGAUUGGGCUGGAUACUGUCUUAUAUUCUUACCGCCACUGGGACGUUUACGGACGACAAAGAUGACGUUGAGUACAAAGCACGGACAGACUUCAAUGCUGAGGCUAUUACUAAGGCCAACUGGUUUUACUUUCCAUACCCAACUCAGUUCGGGCCUCUUCGGUUUGACUUAGCCUUGUUCCUUGGAAUGGUGAUGUGUGUGUUCAUGUCCGUCGUCGAAUCUCUGGGAGACUACAUUGCUGUGGGGAACGUCUGUGGAGUUCCCCGGGCGCCCUCUCAUGCCUUGAACCGUGGAAUUUUGGCGGAGGGAGUUGGCAGCGCGGUAUCAGCAAUGUUAGGUGCUGGACAUGGUACAACGUCUUACAGCGAAAUGAUCUCAGCUAUCGGUCUGACAAAGGUGGGAAGUCGCUUUGUGUUCAUCAUUGGAGGAUUCAUCAUGAUGAUACUGGGUGUCGUUGGAAAGCUUAGCGCCAUCCUUAUCAACAUUCCGUACCCUGUCCUAGGAGGACUAGCGCUCCUUACCCUCGGUACAUUACUGGGUAUGGGCAUAGAGGUACUUCACUCAGUGAACCUAACUAAGUCUCGUACCGUCAUAAGCAUUGGCCUAUCCAUCGUCCUAGGCAUUCUCAUCCCUGAGUGGGUCAGGGAGAAAACUGCGGACGGCCAGCCCCGCAUCCAAACAGGAACCAGGAGUUUGGAUCACGUGCUUUUGGCUUUGUUGGGAAAUGAGGUCUUCGUUGGUGGAUUUAUUGGAUUUAUUCUUGAUUCAACACUUCCAGGUCAACGAAGCCGGUUUGACGAUUUCAGCGGGAAAUCCGGUGACAAAAUGCUUUCCAAGGAGAAACAGAAGAAGUACGAGCGGUUGUAUGAACUGCCUUUUAUACCCAGCAGGGCUUUCCGCGGUAAAUGGGCCAGAUUCGUACCUUUUCUGCCUUACCACCCUGACGCGGAAGCAAGCGAUGGUACCUCAUAGUUCACACGGUAUAAAUACAUGGCAUAUAGCUUUACUGGUGCCUUUCAGUUGUGAAAAAAGACCUCAUCAUUGAGACAUGUUGAUGAAUAGGCCUAUAUGAUGAAUAUGGGUAUCUUGUCUUGAUGCUAUAUGUAUAAAUUUGUAUGUUUAUUUUUAAUGUAGUUGUAAUUGUCUAGUAAUUUACCAAGAUAAAUUCCUGAAAGAGAUAAAAUAAUAUAUCUGUUUGUGAUGGAAAACCCAUUUCCAUUCAUUCUAAUGCACAAACACAGUAUCUUAAGUAACUGUAUGCCAUUACGGUAUCCCUAACAUGCAACAUAUCCGAAUGUUUAUGUAAUGCACAAAAGUAGAACUAAAUUUCCAGUACGGUAGUUUGUUUAUCAUUCAUUUUGUGUGUAAGUAAAUCAAUUCAAAGAAUUCUGAUGUUAUCAAAUAAUACAUUAACAUCGCACUCGUCAUUUUUCGUGGCGUAAAAGUGCCUGACAUUAAAACAUGCCGCUAGUGCAGCUUAAUGUAUCUUUGCCAUUGUAGGUGUAAUUAAGAUGGCCAAUGUAUAUAUCUAAUUCAUAUGUUUCUACAUGCAUAUAUUGCACUUUGUUUACAUAUUAUAGGUAUAAAAAUAAUGGACAUUGAAGACAGAGUAUAAGAUUUGUCGAAAUAUUCUUUGUCAUUGAGUAAUGCAGGAAAUGAAAAGUGUGAUCAUUUUUUUUCAGCAUUGUACAUAUGCAUAUCCUUGUAUAUUAUAUGUGACGUAAAUAGUAAUAACAAAUAUUAACACUUUACAGUUA